CUCUGUUGCGGGACUGCUGGCCAAUGCGACAGCGCGUACCAUGCGGGGGCUCCUGUCCUCUUCGCUGCGGUGCUGGGCUUAGCGCAGGACUCCGGAGCCGUAUUUCUAUAGUGCUGUGUCUGAGCCAAGUCCAGGAGUCCCCACCUUUGUUGCCUCUGGCUUUGUGGACGGCCAACUCUUCAUCCGCUUUGACAGUGAAAAGAAGAAGGCAGAGUCUUAUGCUCACUGGUUGAAGGAAGAGCCAGGUUACUUUGAUGAUGAGACCAAGAUCUUCACAAAUCGGAUGAAGAUUUUCCAGCUAAGCCUCAGAAACGUGCAGCAAUACUACAAUACCUCUGUGAUCCAGACUGCCAGCACAGAUUUCCCACAACAGCAAGCAGGACCCCACACCCUCCAGUUCACCUAUGGUUGUGAGCUGCAGGAAGACAGCAAGACCAGGGGGCACUGGCUGUAUGGCUAUGAUGGCAAGGACUACCUGACUUUGGAUAUGGACUCUAUGCAAUAUACAGCAGCCUCAGUACUUGCCUACCACACCAAACAGAAAUGGGAGGCCGCUGGAAACUCAAUAGAAAAAGACAAGACAUAUUUGGAGAAUGAGUGCAUCGUGUGGCUGCAGAAAUACUUGGAGCUUGCAGGGGAGAAUUUGAAUCGAACUGAGCAUCCCAGGACACGUGUGACCCACCAUCCCAUCUCUGACCAUGAGGUCACCCUGAGGUGCUGGGCCCUGGGCUUCUACCCUAAGGAGAUCACCCUGAUCUGGCAGCUGGAUGGGGAGGACCUGAGCCAGGAAAUGGAGCUUGUGGAGACCAGGCCUGCAGGGGAUGGAACCUUCCAGAAGUGGGCAGCUGUGGUGGUGCCUUCUGGGGAGGAGCAGAGAUACACGUGCCAUGUGCAGCAUGAGGGGCUGCGUGAGCCCCUCAUCCUGAGAUGGGACCCGCCGCCUCUGCUCACCACCCCCAAGAAAGUUGUGUGGAUUGUAGCUGUGAUGAAUGCAAUGAUCACAGCUGGCAUACUAUGCAUAGUUGCUCAGGUCAGAAGGAAAACAGAUGCUUCCUAUUUGCCAGCAGAGAACAUAUGAACUUGGUCUCUGAUGCCUUUCCCUCCAGCUGAGCCCUCGUAAUACCUGCACUCCAGGGUGGAUCUGGAGGCGUAACCUAACCACAUCCCUGCCUGCCUGCACUUCCACUGUGCCUGCUACAGGAUCCCUGAAUGGUGUCAGAAGAAAACAACUAAGAUAGGAAGAGAAUUUAACAUUUUUGCUGGGAAAGCAAAAGUAUGUGUCUUCAAGAAUAGCUGCCAAAAGUAUGUGUCUUCAACUAAUGUUGCUGGGAAAAGUGGUUAUCUACCUGCAGAAAACUGAAACUAGAUCCAUGCCUGUCACCCUGUACUAGUAUCAACUCAAAGUGAAUUAAGGACCUU